AUGCUGCUCCAACUGCAUGGGAAGCCAUUUGAUAUUAAUCUUAUACAGAUCUACGCUCCUACCUCCGAAAAAAGAUACGAUAACGAUGUGGAAGUCUUGUAUGACACUAUCAGGGACACACUUCAGGGCCUACAAAGUGACAACGUCAACCUAGUCAUGGGGGACUUUAAUGCCAAAAUAGGGCAGGGAAGAAGAACCGAUAUCGUUGGUGAUCACGGCUUAGGGGAGAGUAACGAGAGAGGCGAUAGGCUUUUCGAAUUCUGUCAGGAGACAGAAAUGGUAGUGACCAAUACAUGGUACAAAUUACCAAAACGUCGCCUUUACACCUGGAAAUCGCCUCUCGAUGGAGGGAGUAAUCCGGAGCCUGUGAGGAACCAGAUUGAUUAUGUCCUGAUAAAUAAACGCUUCAGAAACAUGGUAAGGAGUAUCAAGGCGUACCCCGGAGCAGAUAUUGGAUCGGACCAUAACCCGUUGGUCACGGACCUGACGCUAAGGCUGAAGUGUGUCAGGAGUGGUACUGCCAGCAAAAGGAUCGAUGUCUCGAAACUGCGAAACAUUGAAACGAGAGAAAGUGCUACAUUUGACCUCAAUAGAAAACUAAGCCGAAUAAAGGAAGUAAACCCCACUGACGUAAAUACGCAGUGGGGUGAAGUAAAGCGGGCUCUCCUUGAGACUAGCGAACAACAUCUGAAACCAUCAAGACAUACAAAGAAGAAAUCGUGGAUAACGGAUGGAAUCAUGGACCUAAUGGAGAGGCGGCGGCUGCUAAAAAAUAGACAGGAGGAAUACAGGAGGGUUCAAACCCUGAUCAAAAAGGAAAUCAGAAUAGCAAAGCAAAACUGGAUGAAAGAGAAGUGCGAAGAACUAGAGUGGCUUAUAUCGAGGCAUGACUCGUUUAAUAUUCACAGAAAGAACAAGGUCAUCUUAGAGGAGCGCGAGAUUAAACGUACUUGGCAAGAGUAUGUGGCCGGGCUUUUUGAGGACGCCAGAUCGGACAUCCAAGCUGGAGCGGAGGAGCCGGAGGGCCCUGUCAUACUCAAAUCGGAGCUGCUGCAUGCCAUCACAUCCGCCAGGAGUGGGAAAGCCGCGGGUCCAGAUGAGAUUCCAAUGGAAUUAAUAAAAUUGAUAGACGAGGACAACAUAGCGACGAUACUAGGACUGUUCAAUAGGAUAUACAAUACCGGGGUAAUACCAGAAGAAUGGCUGAUAUCAACGUUUGUUACCAUUCCAAAGAAGCAGAGGCCAAAAAGGUGCGCAGAUUUCCGUCUGAUCAGCCUCAUGAGCCAUAUGUUGAAAACAUUCCUCCACAAGAUCUUCAAGGAAACUAUAGGUGACACAAAGCUCGGAAUCAAGGUAAAUGGAAUAUAUAUCAACACCAUAAAAUACGCAGACGACACGGUCAUUAUCGCCGAUAGCAUAGGGAAUCUUCAACUGCUUCUAAAUAGGAUCUCAGAAGCUGGACAAAGAAUGGGAUUAAAUAUCAACACAAACAAGACGAAGUUGAUGGUCUUCAGCUGCGAUAGCCAUGAGAACGUUCUACUGCACCUUGAUGAUGUAAGGAUAGAGCGUGUCGCGUCGAUCAUGUACUUGGGAUGCCUGAUUACAGAGGACCUGGACUCGACCGGGAGGUUAGGCAUAGGAUAG